AUGUUUAGGCAAGGCCGGCACGGACUCGGUCUUGGUCUGGUCUUUCUCGGUGCAGGAAUUUCUUGGUCACGAUCGCCGUGUUUUGCUUGUGCUCCAAGAGGCAACGCUGGGCCUUUUCCUUCCGUCAGUGUGCAAGUUGUGACCUACAAUCGGCCGUCCCUCCUUUUGGAAGCACUUCUUCAGAUCGAAGCGCAAGACUAUCCUACACCCCUCGAGGUGUUGAUCCUUGAUGAUAGUGAUACCAGCAGCGAGAAGGAUGUCCUCCGCUUCGCAGCAAACUCGCGUCAUGACAUCCAGUACCGUUUUCUUUCCGAGAGACUCACCAUCGGAGAGAAGAGGAACCUUGCAGCCGAAUCUACCAGCGCAGAAUUCAUCUGCACUUGGGACGACGAUGACAUUUACACUGUAGACCGCGUGCGAUUGCAAGCAGAGUUCUUGAGUGGCAACCGGCGCUGCAAUUGUGUGGCAAUUGAGAGGCGCUUCUUCUACUGGCUGAACGAAGAUGUGCUACGCGGGUGCGAGGACGUGCAAUUUCUGCCUUUGGAGAAUACGUUGUGCUUCCGUCGGCGGUGGUUUGAGGCAGGGCGCCGCUUCGCUGCCGGAAGCUUGAAUGAGGGUCUCGGUCUUCUGCGUGGGCCGACGGGUGUCAAGCAUCCGGGAAGGCUUGGGAUCCUGCCGAUCUCUGCGGAGGAGUUGCCCUUCCUGUACAUCAAACACAGUGGCUCGAUGACUGGCACCGGCAAAGAACCCUAUGCCAAACAAGGCGCAGAGAUCUCUCUGCUGCCACUGGUACGAGCUUGCCACUUGGGCCGAUUUCCAGACUUGCCUUCGCGCACAAAUCAUUCGCGCAUCCUCCGGGCUGUACGAGAGCUUUUGAGAGAUCUGAUCUCCGGGGAUUUGGACGACCUCCGUGCAACGGGAGAUGCCAUCAAGGCUGCAAGAUAUCUCGAAGCACUGACGGGGGUCAGGCCACAAGAUGAGUCGCUUCAAGGACUCCUCGACGGCAUUGGAGAGUUGCAAGCAGCUCUUGUUACAGGCUGA